AUGUACUCCAACUUCACGUGUAUAUUUUGCUACCAGGCACCAUCUGCGAAUCCGGAAGUGCGAAAUCUGCGCAUCUUAAACGUUAAUACCGAGGUUCUUAAGGAUGCAGGUGACGAUGCUCAAAAGGUUGACGUCAGAGAGGCUGAGAAUGGGAACAUUCGCCAACUCAACGUCAACAUCACGUUUACCAACGCUGGGCGCCUGGGUGGGGGAGACGUAGACGGUGUGCGUGCGGGUCACGGUGAAGGUCUUUCCAGCGCUGGUGGUUGGCAUAGGGAAAAGGUUCACGCUAGCGGACAGGGGCAGCUCGUCAACAACGCAGUUAAGAACGGCUUGGACGUUGACCUGCGUCAGGUCCAGGAGACCGCCUGUAAGGUCGCUGACAGCACCAUCGAUGGGGAGCUUGUCGAUGAGAGCGCUGACGAUGUCCAGGAUGGAGACGCCGGAUAG